GAUACAACAACCAGAAAUACGUCGCGUACGCAUCCUUAUUUUGACAAGACACCUUGUGACAAAUGGGAUGUUGUGGACUUCUGUGAUAAAAUAUAUAAAGAGUUGGGCUACGUGAAGUACAAUAUAUCCAAUGUCCACAACAGCUGGCGGACCUCCAUACAGCACCUACAGAAUAGCGAGAAUCCCAAAAUUGCUGGGACGGCUAGUAAACUGCGGGCGGCAUGGGUUCUUUCAGUAAGUUGAUUCUCUGAGCUACAAAACUAAUAUCUACGCAUCAUCUGUAUCGCAGGGUGCCUUCGUGGCGUCCUGGUCAACGGUACGCCGAGACGCAUAUCGCAGGAUGCCUUCGUGGCGUCCUGGUCAACGGUACGCCGAGACGCAUAUCGCAGGGUGCCUUCGUGGCGUCCUGGUCAACGGUAUGCCGAGACGCAUAUCGCAGCCUGCCUUCGCGGCAGACUGAGGAACGAUUGUGUACUCUUUGGGUGUGGCUUCUUCGCGAAGACCCCUCGCUCCUGGGUUGCUGAUGACCUUCGUGGCCAUCAGAUUCACUAGCCCAGUUGAGCUUGAUGUUUGUUAAUAGGCAUUCUUUUGUCAGAGCCCAAAAAACGACCAGCAAAGGGCCAAGAAUUUUAUCAGGUCAAUAACGAGAAAGCGCGGACGACGCAAAGUCACCAAUCCUGGGCCUGCUACUAUCGCUAUCAACCAAAGUAGUAUUAUAUUAAAUUCGUCGCAGACAGGAAACACUAUUGUUGGAGCUUCUACCUACCAAGAUGAACCAGGCACAACUUGUGCCGAUUCAGAAGCUGAUAAUGAUAACAAUAGUCGGAACGCGACUGUUGACUCCAGCCUCGACAAGCAAGACUCACUGGCAAUGGAAGUCUCCGACACGAAGAGGCUUCAAGAAAUCCUUGGUUGCUUGGAGGAUUCUCGUAUGACCCUUACUGAUGACAAGAAGAUGUUGCUCACCCACGGCAAUGUUUACCUCCAAGAUAUCAUGCUAGAUUAUGCCCGACGUACUGGUGAAGUUAAGCCAAUUCAUUUUAGUAUCCUAGAUGCCGAAUCCAUCACGACACUAGAUCUCGUGCGAGAAGAUUGUGAGCAGAUCACAGACUGUGUUGAAGAAUCACCGCUCCCUAGGUUUCCUCUGGAACUACUUCAGGCCCUUGAGAAGUAUGAGAAAGUCAGUCAUUCAUUGCUUUGCCUUUAGGUUUUCAGAGCGUUGAUGACUGAUGAUUGAUGACUAUAGGCGAAUUCCUAUGAGCACUCAUGCCUAAUCGAACGCACAAUGUCUCACAGGGGUGAUAUCAAAUGGAUCGGUGAUGUUUCGUGCCACAUUGUCAGGCUUUUAGAGAACUCUGGAACGAUCUUCGACGAAGACCUGAGUGAAGGAGUUUGGGAUUGUUUGGUUUAUCCUCGCUUCCUGGACGAAGUUUUCUGCGAGAUUCCAGAGCUUGUCCUUCAACGCAAAGAAAUUUCUCUCUCAGCAACUCGCUACCAACCGUACUCCUACUUCAUUAACGAACCUCGUUUUGAUGCGAUCGCACGCCGUCGUAAGCUAUCUGCUGACGGCAGCUCUCAGUCUUGUUAUGAACUGCUUGUCUUGGAGACAAUUCGCAAAUGGGAAGGGGAACUUUCUGCGAAAUGGCUCAACGAUUUUGACAAGCUUGUGGGUGGCUUGAGAGCGAUGCUGUGCCACAUUGGCGAGUUGGUAGAGAACGACCCUACAGUCAUGAAGAAGAUAAAGGUGGUUGGCAUACUACAAGCUGGUCGUCGACACCAGCUUCUUAUUAUGUCUUGUAUUGGCAAGGACGUAUUUUACUUGAAGUGUGGUCAUGUUCAUGAGCUUCCGGGUGAGCUUAAAGAUAUGAAAAAGUUACAAUACAUCUUCGCGUCAUACUGGAAAGCACGGGAAAUUGUUCGAUGUGGUGUUCGACUUCUGGAAGAGUUUUUGCAACGAAAUUUAGAGCAGGAUCAAAAGGCUAUGAAUAUUUUGUCUCCAAACUUCCUUUAAAUUUUCUUUGGUUGAUUAUCACAAUACAAGUGAAACACAUAAUGCAAGCUAUAUCUAAAACUAUGUUAUGCACCAUAGUACUCUAGGACUUUGGGCUUAAUUGUUAGCAGACAUUAGUAGAAUCUCGGGGACGGAACGGUAGCACGUGACAGAUGGAUCGAUAGCAAGUCGAGCAGUUUAUCCAACAGAGAACGAAGGUCUAUAUAUAAGCGGAAUGGAAUUCCUUAGUAUAGAGAGCUUUGUGCUCAACUUGCAUAGUAAUCUCAAUCAUUACUUGGUUACUUCUCGAUUGGAAACAAUUGAUCAAUCCCCUGCUUAACUGCUUCA